AAGAAGCUGUCUCUUCUGAUUUCAUUCCAUAGACGAACAGCAGUCAACAGCUGAAUGUUCUUCUGUACAGUUAGAUAUAAUUUUUCUCGAUGAAGCUUGGAAUUAGAGAAUUUAUUGGCGGAUACCGUGUGGAUUAUGACAAUUUAUGAGUAAAUAAUAUUUCUCUGAACACCAAAAAUGGAUAUGAGCACCAAGAUACCAGUUCUUAUCUUCAUGAUAAUUUCUAUAAACUGUGUGUCAGGAGGGGAUGUCCCUGAGCCUUGUAAACCGACAGUGGAUAUUUUGGAUGGGGAGGUGAUAGCGCUUUGGAGCCGUCCUGCAGAUGCCCCUCCAAACACCGUGUACAAUGUAGAAAUGGCAAAGUACGUUGGUGAAUGGGCAAUGGUGGCCAGCUGCACAGGGAUCAAAGAGACCUACUGUGACCUUAGCAGCUUUAUACAUGACUACACAGUUGCCUACAAGUUCAGAGUUCAGCUGGUAGCUGGAGAUAAAGAGUCUGCUUGGACCAGAAAGAAGAAAUUUAGCCUAAAUGAAAGUAAACUGCAGCCUCCCUCCUUCACUUUGUGGGCAACGUCCAGCACUCUGGCAGUAUAUAUUCAUGAAAAACCCAUUCUGCAUAAGAUAUUUCCCUGGGGGCUUACCUACAAUAUCACCCUUGAGGAAAGAGGAAAGCACAGUAAGACAACCACAGCAUACUUGAAAGUUAACACAGAAGAAGAUCAGACGAUCAAGACUUUCAGGUCUCUCCAUUGGGGAAGAGAGUACUGUGUCCGCAUCAUGGUAGAGGCCAAUGCAGCUCUCCCCGUCAGCAAAGCGUCCCCUACACGGUGUCUGCAGCUACCAGAGCAAGAGUGGUACAUGAUUGCUGUAUCAUCCUUGUCCAUUGCGGGUGUGUUGGCUUUUAUUGUUAUCACAACAGCCAUCCUACUGUGUUACCUGAAGCGUCCAGAGAAAACACCUGCUGUUCUGAAAUCCCCUGUAAGUGGCUGGCAUCCGCUCACUGUUGGAGAUGACACAAUGGAAGUUGUCACAGACAAAGGCUGGUUCCUGUCCAGUCACAAAACAGAAAUAAAACAAACAAUGAAACUUGCUGUAACAGAGGACACUGGAGAGGAGAACAGACGGACAAGUAUGGACAGUGGGGUCAGCAUGAAGUCCAGCUCUGCUACCAAGAGUGGAGGAAGUCCUCCAAUGAGACAAGAGGACAGUGGCUGUGGGAGCAUGGGAGGACCAGAUAGCUCCACUAGCAGUCAGACGGAUUAUCCCCUGCAGGAUGAGAGUACUGAUACCAACACAGUCAGGAAGAGGGAGGAUAGUGGAUUGGGCCUGGGCUGCCAGCUUCAUUCUUCAUCCAUGAAUCUGAAUGCACUGAACAGCGAACCUCUGAAAGAGUUUGUUUCUGGUAAUAAUUAUCACAGCCAGAGCCAUUCAGCUGUGCAGAUUUGUGUCUAUGAUGAUGAGGAAGUGCUUAAACAAACAAUUCCUGAUCCAGUUUUGGCAGAAGUGGUCACAGGCUAUAGGGCUGGGCCUCAGUCGUGUAUCUGCUCAGGAGCUGGUCAGUGCACUUGGUGCCAUAAUCAAGGCCUCAAUGAAACAGACACGAUCAAACAAUACAGAACUAUGCAUAUAGAAAGUGAACUAUUGAGCGACAAAUGUAACAUUACUGACUCUUACAAAGAAAAGCUCAUAUUUUCAAGUUAUCCCAGAAAAACACAAAUGGACACACUCAUGAUGAAUGACUUGGAAACAACUUUCUUGCAUCUUGGGGAGAAUUUCCCUUUGCUAUCAGCUCUCUCACCAAUGGCCCUAGAGGAGGGAAGACAGGACUUAAAUAUGAACAAUGUGUCCCUCUCUCUCUGUGAUGUACAGCUGACAACUGAUUGAUACACUGAAAUGUAACAAGGCUAC